UCCACACCACAACUACCUAAGCACCCACUUGUGACCUAACUUUCUAUUCUGGUCAGCAAUGUCAAAUUGCAGGUACUUAAUUAAUUCAUGCACUCAAAACCAGACCUAUGACAUUCUUGAUUUUAGAACAAAACAGUCCAGCAAGACCAGAAGCUAUUAUGUAAGAUGUCAAAAUAGUUUUGAUCAGACUUUAGAUGGAGAGAAUGGUGGCAAUAGGAAGCUUAAAAUCCUCAUUGCAGGUGGGGGUAUUGGGGGGCUAGUUUUGGCACUAGCAGCGAAACAUAAAGGAUUUGAAGUACAGGUCUUUGAGAAGGACUUGAGUGCAGUGAGAGGGGAGGGACAACACCGUGGACCGAUUCAGCUUGUGAGUAGUGCUUUGGCGGUCCUGGAAGCCAUUGAUGAGAAUGUUGCAAAACAAAUCAAGGAAGCAGGUUGUGUUACUGGCAAUAGGACCACUGGCUAUGCAGACGGUCUUUCAGGUGAAUGGAUUACCAAGUUUGAUCUUUCAUCUCCAGCUGUAAGUAGGGGGCUUCCUCUCACUCUAGUAAUAUGCAGGAUGGCACUGCAAGAUAUCUUACUCAAAGCUGUUGGGGUGGACAUUGUGAGAAACAAAUCUAAAGUGGUGGACUUCCUUGAAGACCCUAGCAAGGUCACUGUGAUCCUUGAAGAUGGCCAGCAAUAUGAUGGUGAUGUUUUAGUAGGAGCUGAUGGAAUAUGGUCAAAGGUUCGCACAAAAUUAUUUGGGGAACGGAAAGCAAAAUAUUCAACUUACACAUCCUACAGUGGAGUGACAAACUUUGUGCCACCAUAUAUUGAUAGUGUUGCGUACCGGAUCUUCUUGGGAUUGAACCAGUGCUUUGUUGCAACAGAUGUUGGGAAUGGAAAGAUACAAUGGUUUGCCAACCAUAAAGAGCAGCCUAUGAGCAAUGAUCCUCCUGAAGGUAAAAAGAAGAGGCUCCUCGAGAAAUUUGGUAAUUGGUGUCCUGAAGUGGUUACACUAAUUCAAAAAACACCAGAGUCCAUGAUUUUACGGAGAGAUAUCUAUGAUAGAGACAUGAUUUACACUUGGGGAGCCGGGCGUGUUACUCUGCUAGGUGAUGCUGCUCAUCCAAUGCAGCCGAAUCUUGGCCAAGGGGGUUGCAUGGCAAUUGAGGACUGUUACCAACUUAUACAUGAGCUUGUUCAAGCUUCUGAAAGUGACUCAGAUGUUCAAAUAUCGGAAGAAAUUGUCUUGGCACUAAGAAG